AUGCAUGAUUUUGGCAUUGCUGAAGAUCAGCCAACGCAGUCUGCUGCCACAUCUCAAGUGCCCGGUUUCGUUCAGAGGUCCGAAGUUUCUGGCAAUGAGAGCACUGCUGUGCGCCCAUCUGACAGUCACGAACUUGGCGAGGCAAACUCCAUUUCGCGAUUCGGGUCCCCUCUACCAUCCCUUCCGCCCAGAGCAUCUCACGAAAGCGCGACAGCUACCACACGUUCGAGUCAACGCAGACAAGGAAAGCUGACUGAAUUGGAGUAUCGUCAGAUCAUGGACAAACUGCAGCAGGUGAAACAUGUCCUUCCGCCCACCUUCUCGCUCCCAUCAAGGCAGGCUCUGUCUCGUUACCUGAGGGGCUAUCUUAAAGGUCUUAAUGAACAUUUCCCAACGCUCCACACGCCGACUUUCUCCAUUGCGCGGACUGAGCUGGUGACCUUACUUUCAAUGGCUACUAUAGGCGCAAUGUGGUGUUUCGAAGCUCGGCAGGCCGAUACUCUGUUCUUCACUACCAAGUCCGCCACCUUACACCAGCUCGACCGGUACAGCGCAGCGCUUGACCUUGAAAGUAGCACAGAGGGAAACGACGUUCGGCUGCACAUCCUUCAAGCCUUGCUCCAUCUCAUCGUCGCUGGUACUUGGGGCUCGUCUCGGUUGCUUCGACAAGGACUGGGCCUUCAAAGCACUGCAGCCACGCUUGCUCGUGAGCUGGGUUUCCGGGAAAGGUCUCAAUUCGAGAGAUUGUCCAAUUCGUCGAAUUCUGUCUCAGAAAGAUGGCACAGAUGGGUGCAAGCCGAGACACGUCGCCGGUCCUUGCUCAUGCUUUACUCUUACUUCAACGUCAUGUGCCUUGCGUAUGACAUCCCGCCUUUGAUCCUAUCUUCAGAGAUUCGACUCGAUAUGCCUGCCCAUGUAUCGCUUUGGACGGCAGAAACCGCACAGGAAUGGAGUUCACUUUACGAGUCUGCUGGGGCGAUGCCUCGAGUGUCGUUCCAAACUUGCAUAGCUUCUCUUCUCGCACCAGCGUCGCCUUCCCUCCGGCAAGAGGGCGCAUUCACGCCACUGGACAACUACAUCACCAUAUUGGCGCUCUUGCAGCGAAUCUUCUUCCUUCGGCAAUCAUGGACAGCACGAGCCUUCAAUGUCGAUCCACCUGCUGAUGGCAGCGCGGCUGAGCUCCCAGAGACCUCCAAUAUGCGGACUGCUUUGCAGCGCUGGCAAGCCCGUUGGGAGAGGUCGCCUGAUUCCAUUGUCGAGUCGCCAACAUGGACCGGUCCUAUCCCAUUCACCUCCACAGCGCUGCUUCGCUUGGCGUGGAUUAGACUCUCUACGAAUCUGGGUCCUUGCCGGAAUCUCGCGAGCAGAGACCCAGAACUGAUAGCAGAUGCAUUCUUCAAAGCCCCCAAAGUGCGUAGAAGCUCUCAGGUGACGAUGCCAAUCCUGCAGGCUGUGUAUGCCCUUGCUGUACCGGUUCAGACUGGCGUUGAGUUUGUGGCCAGGGCACAAACUGUCUCUUGGAGUGUACAGCAUUUCCUUUGCAACCUCGAAUGUGCGAUAUUUCUAAGCAAAUGGCUGGAAGAACUCGCAGUCACAGCAACGAAAGACCCACUGGCGCCUGACGAGCUGAAGCUAGUGGCUCUGAUUCGAUCAAUGAUGCGUGAGACGAGUCUGUUCCAUGAGGACGAUGAGUUCACACGACUGGUCUCAGAAUCAUCUGCCCCUUCAACUGACGCGACUCGAAUGCUCGCAACCGCGGUGGCCAAAGUCUGGGCUAAGAUCUUCCAGGGCACUUUCGCGUUUUCAUUUGCUAACACUAUUGGAGCGAGUCUACGAAUAUAUGCUGAUCGUAUGGAGGGCGCAACCUCGAACACGACUUGA